UAUUGCUUGGGCCGUGCGAGCGACCGAGUUCCGUGCCUCACGGGGCGGGAGCUAGGCGCGGCGGCACAAGGGACGGUGUUGGCGGGUAAAGGGAGGAGAGGAAGAUGACAAGCUUUUUAAUAAAGUUAAGACUAUUAAAGCAAACAUGAAUGAUUAAGGAUUAAUUUUACUUGUAUGAUGGGAGAAUGACAAUGGAGCAGCUUGGAGCAGACAAAGUUCUCUAGGACAUGGAUGUGAAGGGCUGAGACAGCAUUUUUUAAUUGUUGAUAACAUUUUGGAAUUUUAGGAAGAUGUUAUUUGAAAAUUGAGUCUCCUUAUCUGGAUCUGUUGUAGACACAACUGAUGCAUCAUAAAGAAGCAACUUGAAACUUUAUUUUCUCUUUUUGCAAAUAAAAACUGGACUUGUUGAAGUAUUUGGGGCAUUGUGUACAAGGACACAAAUAAGACUAAAGCACAAGACUAGCCCUCCAACAUGCCCCCAACUCCCCCUUGAAAGAAAAGGAUUUUCAGCUCAACCUUACACCAGCUGUUACCCGGAUUUAGCAGUCAAGAGAGAAACAAACAAAAUUAAACAACAACUGCCAGACAUACAGCCCCAAUUCCUGAUGAAAUCAGGGGAGAGUGCUCUUGCAGUAGAAGAGGACUUUUGUGGGGUGGAAGAAAGAGAUAUGUGCAAGACUGGCAGAUUUCUAGCAGGAUAACCUUUCCCUGAGCAGCUACCAGAAUGCACUGCUGUAUACCAAGCGCAGAUUGAAAAGGAGAAACUUUGCCCCAGAGUUUGCCUUGGAAAUAACUGUGGGCUUUAUGAAAAUAAAACAAUAAAUAAAACACCAAAACCCAGUGGACACCUUGUGUCUUUUAUUGCUCAUCUUCCUUGGCGUGUUCAUCCUGCCCUCUUACAUUAAAAGUUCCAGUUCAGCUACUUCAGUGCUGCAUUUCUCAACUAUUUGUGCCACCUUAAGAAGAAGACCAUCUCCAAAAGCUACUUGAAGGGGGUAUUUUCUUCCAGAACUUACCUGGUGUAAGAACCUGCAUAAUUUCUUCUAGCUCUUCAAUACUAGCAUUUUAAAUUGGAGUACAAGAUUCUAUUUUAUAUUUUUUAAUUCCUCCCCCCCCCCAGGAGUCUUGGGAAUAGUAUUGAAUUCCUUUGGUUGUCAUUUUGAUUCGUAUUUCAGUUUUGAAUAUUACCCUGAUUCAUUAUUUCGUUGAUGUCAGUUCCACCUUUUUCAUACUAUAAAUCUGCUCUGACUUUGAACAGCUAAGUUCAAAAACCUGGAUAAUUGUUUAAACCUUCUCCACUCAUAGUUGCAUUCCUUUUUGAAGGUCCCUUUCCCCAUUUUCUUGACCAUUCUGACUCCAGUUGGGCCUAGGCUAUGCUGCAGGGCGGAUCAUCCACCAGAGCUCCAACAUGCCAGCAGCAUCUGGAAAGAGAUUCAAACCCAGCAAGUAUGUCCCAGUAUCAGCUGCUGCAAUCUUCCUAGUAGGAUCCACCACUCUCUUCUUCGCUUUUACGUGCCCAGGGCUCAGCUUUGAUAUCUCCCCAAUCAUUCCCAUUUACAAUGCUGUGGUCUUCCUCUUUGUGGUGGCGAACUUCAGUAUGGCCACCUUCAUGGAUCCAGGCAUAUUUCCUCGAGCUGAAGAAGAUGAGGACAAGGAGGAUGAUUUCCGAGCUCCACUAUACAAGACUGUGGAGAUAAAGGGUAUUCAGGUGCGCAUGAAAUGGUGUGCAACAUGCAGAUUCUACCGGCCUCCACGCUGCUCCCAUUGUAGUGUCUGCGACAACUGUGUAGAGGAGUUUGACCAUCACUGUCCCUGGGUGAACAACUGCAUAGGGCGGCGCAAUUACCGCUAUUUCUUCCUGUUCCUACUCUCACUUACAGUACAUAUCAUGGGUGUAUUUGGCUUUGGCUUGCUGUAUGUCCUAUAUAAAGUGGAAGAGCUCUCUGGGAUCCGCAUGGCUGUUACUAUGGCUGUGAUGUGUGUGGCUGGCUUGUUUUUCAUUCCUGUAGCUGGCCUUACAGGGUUCCAUGUGGUACUGGUAGCCAGGGGUCGCACUACCAAUGAACAGGUUACAGGUAAAUUCCGGGGUGGAGUAAAUCCAUUCACCAAUGGUUGCUGUAAGAAUGUCAGUCGUGUUCUCUGCAGCUCCCCAGCCCCCAGGUAUCUUGGGCGGCCAAAGGCAGAGCAGACUGUGUUAGUGAGGCCACCGUUCCUGCGGCCAGAACUAUCAGAUGGGCAGAUUGCUGUAAAGAUAAUGGACAAUGGUAUCCAGGCUGAGCUGAAGAGAUCAAAGUCCAAAGGAAGCCUUGAAGUGACGGAGAGCCAGUCGGCCGAUGCUGAGCCGCCACCCCCACCCAAGCCAGACCUCAGCCGCUACACAGGUCUGAGGACGCAUUUAACCCUGACCACCAAUGAGGACAGCAGUUUGCUAGGCAAGGACAGCCCUCCAACUCCAACCAUGUACAAGUACCGACCUGGCUAUAGCAACAGCAAUACUUCAGCUGCAAUGCCUCACUCCACCAGCGCCAAGCUAAGCCGAGGAGAUAGCCUGAAGGAGCCGACCUCCAUUGCUGAGAGCAGCCGAAACCCCAGUUACCGCUCUGAGCCAAGUCUGGAGCCAGAGAGUUUUCGUUCUCCCACUUUUGGCAAGAGUUUCCAUUUUGAUCCACUUUCAAGUGGCUCCCGCUCCUCCAGCCUCAAGUCUGCCCAAGGCACAGGCUUUGAAAUGGGCCAUCUGCAGUCAAUCCGCUCUGAGGGCACCACUUCCACAUCUUACAAGAGCUUGGUGAACCAGACACGCAAUGGGAGUUUGUCAUAUGACAGUCUUCUCACACCCUCUGAUAGCCCUGACUUUGAGUCAGUGCAGGCGGGCCCAGAGCCAGAUCCCCCCAUGGGUUAUACGUCACCUUUCCUUUCUGCCCGUAUUGCCCAACAGCGGGAGGCUGACCUGCACAGUCGUUUCCCAAGCUCUGGUUCUCCCAAGCACCAGCCACCCCGUGAUUCUUCACCUGUCCGCUAUGACAAUCUUUCACGCCACAUUGUGGCCUCCAUGCAGGAGCGGGAGAAGCUGCUUCAGCAGUCACCUACGCCACCGCCCCUGGCCAAAGAGGAGGACACGGGGCUGGGGGACUCAGGCAUCCAAUCCACACCAGGCUCCAGCAAUGCCCCACGUACCAGCUCCUCCUCGGACGAUUCAAAGCGCUCACCCCUGGGCAAGAACCCACUCACCCGCCCAGUGGCACCUCGCUUUGGCAAGCCAGAGCCACCACAUGCACUCAGAGUGCGCUCACUGGGCUCACCAGACCAGCCUGCAGCCUCCCACUUGAGCAAAUCUGUGUCUUACAGCAGCCAAAAACAGUCGCCCCAGGCCAUCGUCCCAGAGACUGAGGAGGUGGCCUUGCAGCCUUUACUGGCACCAAAAGACGAGGUGCAGACGAGACCCUCCUACAGCAAGUCCAAUGGACAGCCCAAGAACCUGGGCUCAACCUCACCCACCCCUGGCCAGCCACCUCUCAGCAGCCCUACUCGUGGAGGAGUCAAGAAGGUCUCUGGAGUGGGUGGGACUACGUAUGAAAUUUCUGUAUGAGGAGGUGAUCUCUCCGCUGUCUACUCCUCCCUGGCUGAUUCCAAAAUGUCCUGUCCCUGAUGAGCAGGAGACAGGAACUUGCUCAGCAGAUGGUUACCCCAUCGCAUGCAUGGACCUUUAUUUUCUUUUUUCCCCCUUUCUUUUUUUAACAAACCUAAUUUUUGGAGGGUGGGAGAGAGCACAGGGGACAAUUACCUUUUAAAACUAAACUAUCUGGGAUUGGGAGAGUCCCUAAACACUACAGCAGGAUCCAGCCUUGCUCACCUCCACAGCCUGCACUCUUCCUCUCAACAACCAAGAGACUGCAAUUUGUAGCACACACUGCCGAGAGAGAAGGGGAGGGGCAUGCUAUCAGCACCUCUCUGUGGGAGAAGGUGCAGGCUGAAGCUUGCCCCACUACCAACAGGACAGUCAAUUGUGGACCUCGUGCAAUCGCUCACCUAGCGCAGUAGGAGUGGAUCAUUUUUUUAUUUUUUUUAUUAUUGUUACGGAUUCUAUUUUUUCCUCUUCUGAGUUACUGGGUGUGUGUAUAUAUAAAUAUCUAUAAAUAUAUAAAUAUAACUAUAAAAAGAAAUUAUAUAUCUACCCAUAUUGAGGGAGGGAGGCCCAGGCAGACCCCAUUAGCUGGGCCUGAGGAAACCACAUGUUAAGUUAAGUUCAGGGGCAUUUAAGUUCAGGGGAGUCUAGAGGCAUGUAUUAGAUCAGCUAAUUGGUUUACUUUGAAUGGUUCGGGCAGCCCCCCCCCAAUCCCCAACGAAACCUCUGUAAAGCCACCACGCCAGGACAAGUAGGGCUGAGGAAAUGCCAGCGUGGCAUUUAACCUGGCCUAGUCAUCCCAGUGCCUGUUCCCAGGCAUGAGCUUGCCUUGUAUGCAGUUCUGGAUUGUCCAUUCCGGAAAGGAGCAUACAGAGGCCAUCACCUUCCGCAUCCCUGCUCAUUUGAGCUAUAUUGCGCUGGAAGACUUUCCCCAUGAGUCAAUGCCUCUUUCCUGGGGUGCUUAGAAGGUUUCAGAAAACCAGGGGCGUUUUCAGCUUCCAGGCUGACGUUGACUUUUUAAGAAAAUGACUUCCAGUAAAAGCACACAAUCCCCUGCAACUCAGGCAGAACCGCAUGCAGAGUUCUAGGGCCUGGGAAGGUGCUUGGGGUUCUGAGUGGCAGGAGGAGGGUGGCAAUGGCAUUGGGGCUUGGGUCCCUUACGUGGAAAUACUGUAUUUAGUAAACCCCUCCCCCCAGGUGGUUUCCCCUGCUUUUUUACAUUGCUUUUAUGAAUUGCUCCAUAUUGAUUUCUUGUGGUGUCACGGUUCUUUAUUUACAAACUGGGCAAGAGAAAGAAGAGGAAAAAACAAACCAAAAAGCAAUAUUUUUCCAUAUGCCAAAAAUGUUUCUCCACCCAUAAACGCCUAUGAAAGUAAAAAAUCAGAGCAACCCAGGAAUCCAACAAUCUCUAGUCACUACUGACUCUUUCUCUAUGGCAAUAUCUUAAUUGUGGUCUUCACUGAGCCACACUUUUAUUUUUAUUAUGACUAGCCAUUUUAAAAUGAGGAAUAAAAAAAUAUAAUGAGCCACUCCC